AUGGAGGUUGCAAUGGCCGGGAUUGAAGGUAACGGCGGCCCGGUCGGAUACCGGGACAGUUACCAUAGCACCCAGCGGCCACUCUUACGAUCUUCUAAUCUUCCAAAUUCCAGGUCCUUUCCAAAGUUGUCAGAGGAAGACAAUGCCGAUGACGAUGGGAUGGGUGCACCCGAAAACGACUAUGACUGCACCUGCGAGCGUGUUGUAAUCAACGUCAGCGGUCUGAGGUUUGAGACCCAGCUGAAGACGCUCACCCAGUUCCCGGAGACACUGCUUGGAAAUACUUCAAAAAGGAACCGCUACUACGAUCCUAUACGAAACGAGUAUUUCUUCGACAGGAACCGGCCCAGCUUCGACGCUAUUCUCUAUUUCUACCAAAGUGGAGGGAGAUUGCGCCGCCCAGUGAACGUUCCCUUGGAUGUAUUUUCUGAAGAGAUCAAAUUCUAUGAACUUGGAGAGAGUGCCUUUGAGAGGUACAGAGAAGAUGAAGGCUUCAUCAAGGAGGAGGAGAAGCCUCUACCACAGAACGAAUUCCAACGAAGGGUAUGGCUGCUUUUUGAGUAUCCUGAGAGUUCAGCUGCUGCAAGACUCUGUGCCAUUUUCUCUGUAGUAAUUAUUUUAUUGUCCAUAGUUAUAUUCUGCCUAGAAACUUUACCACAGUUCAAGCAUUACAGAGUUCUCAAUUCUACGCUCAACAAUUCUAGAGACACCAUUGAAGAAGUGGACAUCCCUAAAUUCAAUGAGCCCUUUUUUGUCAUUGAAACCUGCUGUAUUAUAUGGUUUACCUUUGAACUUUUGGUCAGAUUUGCAUCCUGUCCAGAAAAACUAGGCUUCUUCAAAAAUAUCAUGAAUUGUAUAGACAUUGUGGCCAUCAUUCCAUACUUCAUCACUCUGGGCACCGUUGUUGCAGAUCAGAGUAAGAGCAACAACCAAGCCAUGUCAUUAGCCAUCCUCAGGGUUAUUCGACUCGUGCGUGUCUUCAGGAUAUUUAAACUUUCAAGACACUCCAAAGGACUUCAGAUCCUGGGCCAGACAUUGAAGGCCAGUAUGCGUGAGCUGGGCCUGUUGAUCUUCUUCCUCUUUAUCGGUGUUAUCUUGUUCUCCAGUGCUGUAUAUUUUGCCGAAGCUGAUGCGGAUCAGACUCAUUUUAAAAGUAUUCCGGAUGCCUUCUGGUGGGCGGUUGUAACCAUGACAACUGUAGGGUAUGGUGACAUGAUGCCAAUUGGAGUCUGGGGUAAAUUAGUUGGGUCAUUGUGUGCCAUCGCUGGUGUGCUGACUAUAGCGCUUCCUGUUCCGGUCAUUGUAUCAAAUUUUAAUUAUUUCUACCAUCGAGAGGAAAGUACGGACAAGGGAGUAUAUAAACAUGUGCAGUCGUGCAGCAACUACCCUGAGAAAAAAGAUUCAUUAGAUUCAGAAUGUGUGUCAGAUAUUAUGAAUAUGGAGGAAGGUAAUCAUACAACGCCACUAACUGAAAAAGUCAAAGAGAAUCAUGCGGUCAAGAUGAACAACCCAGGUGGAGACUAUGGCCUGGAGACUGAUGUAUGA